AUGGGGCCUGUUAAGAAGGCUAUGGAGGAUGCUGGGUUACAGAAAAACCAGAUUGAUGAAAUUGUCCUGGUUGGUGGAAGUACUAGGAUUCCAAAAGUUCAACAACUUUUGAAGGAUUACUUUGAUGGUAAGGAACCAAACAAGGGUGUUAACCCUGAUGAGGCUGUCUUUGAAGGUGAAAGGAGUCUCACAAAGGACAACAGCUUGCUUGGAAAAUUUGAUCUAACUGCAAUAGCUAUUGUGCAUUGUGCACUUCCCUCAGGUGAAGAUUUUGAUCAGAGAAUCAUGGAGUAUUUCAUUAAAUUGAUCAAGAAGAAGCGCCUUUUUGGGAAGGACAUGAGCAAGGACAACAGGGCUCUUGGGAAACUCAGGAGGGGAAGUGAGCGAGGAAAGAGAGCUCUGAGCAGCCAGCAUCAAAACCGCUUACUCUGGGCUCGUUUUGAGGAGUUGAACAAUGAUUUAUUUAAAAAGAGUAUGGGGCCUGUUAAGAAGCUAGGCUAUGGAGGAUCCUGGGAGAAGGAGACCAUAUUCGGUCGCCUUCUCUUGGAGAAGGAGACCAUCUCCAAUUGCCUUUUCCUAUAG